AUGCUUUAUCUCUUGGUUCAAGUUAAUGAAGGUGCUAAAUGUGUUAUACCUGAGCGUAUAAUGAGUAUAAAGUCUAAAAGCAAUCGAUUUUCUGAUCUUUUUGACAUUACUACAUUAGGGCAAUACGAUGAUAGAAAGGUAGAAGUUUUUAUUAGAAGAGAAAAGUCUGAAGGCUGGCAAGAAGUAGACAAUGGAUUAAACGGAGAUUUGAAAAUGUUGGAAGUUUUGGGUUUUAUGCAGGUUAAAUUCUGCCUUGUUCCAGUUGUAAAUUUAGAUACAUUAGAUUUAACUCAAAAUGAACUAGGUGUUGAGAUAGAUGCUUUUACCAUUUUAAUGAGAAAUUCAAAAGAGCCUUUACUUCCUCAACGCUGUACAGAACGCAAUAACUACAGUAGACUUUACAAUGAAAUUAUUAAGCUUUUUCAAGCUCAAAAGGUUGGCUGGACAAAUGGUUUACAUGAAACAAUGGGAAAAACAUUUAUAAAUCGUCUUACAAGUGCUCUUUGGUACAUCGACCCGCAUCUUUCGACUCUAAGUGCACGUUCGUAUCACUUACCGGCUCUUUUUACACAGUUAAAAACAUACCAAGAUGGUAAAUCGUACAAUGAGUUUUAUUAUACUGGUCACCAUAAAAAGGACCAGUUAUCUCAACAAAAGCUAGCGCAUCUUUCGAGUUCACUCGAAAUUUCUAUCAGCCAACCAUGGGCGAGUAGCAAUAAAUGGAGUCAAGUAAUGCCUGCUGUUCUUUCUUUAAUUGAAAUUUUAAAAAAAUAUUCAAAUUAUUUAAUUGCAGCCACCGUUAGUAUGAAUGAACUUCAUCAUAGCAAUGAAAGUGCUCGCAGUCCUGAGAAUGACAGUACUAUGUAUCAAGUUAGUGCUUGUGAACCUUAUCAACUUAAAGAUGAAUAUAGUCAAUUGGAUGAUUUAUUAUUUGAAAAAUCAUUUUAUGAACAUGUUGAUGUUCAACAAUAUCUUCCAAACGAUAUUGUAGACCGGUACCGAUUUAUGAAAGAGUUGCAGCUUACAUUUCCAAUCGGCGUGUAUAGAUAUUAUCAGGGUAAUUAUUUGGGAAAGAUUAAUUACAUUUGGAGAAUUCCAGAAAAUAAGGUGUCGAAUGAUAGGCAAGACGAAACGUUAAAAGCACACUCUACAUUAAAAGUCGAAGAAACUACACAAGCGCAAAUACGCCGCCAUCCUGCAUUAGUCAAGUUUAUGGAAACUCAUUGCCAAAUGCGUACUUAUAGUUUCCAGGUAAAAAAGUGCAACAAUCCUUCUUGCUUAUAUUGCAAACCAAUCCGUCUUCCACCACAUGAAUUUCGUAAUUUGAGCUUUCUUCCAGAUCCGAUUCUAUCAAAAGAAAAUGCGAACCACUAUGCAGCUUUUCAACAAGUUUAUGGUACUAAAACUACAGAAGAAUUUAGGCCAACAUAUAUUGCGAAAUCAGAGUCAAUUCCAAAAUAUAUUCUAGGAACGAUUAAAACUAACAAUAAGGCUGCGAAACAUCCUAAUGAAUAA